UGUUAAUCAACAUGUGGUUUUGGAUUUUUAUUUGUGGUCUAACAUGUUUAUCAUCGUCGGAAUCAAAGAUCAUCGUAUCAGAAAGAGUGCCAGUGAAUAGGGCAUCAAUAGCCAGUGAUCCAGUCGAAUUCGAGCCAAAUGAACCCCAAGGCAGGAUAGUGGGGGGCCGCAACGCCACCUGCGAAGAAUUCCCUCACCAAGUGAGCUUCAUCGUGAACAACUCCUAUUUCUGUGGAGGAUUCAUAGUCAGUGAACGAUUCAUUCUUACAGCCGCACAUUGCGCACAAAAUGUCGAUCCAUCAACCGUAGUAUUACGAUCAGGAAGUACUUUUCGUAAAAACGGGACCAUCUUACCAAUUAUAGAAGUAAUCCCAUACCCCGAAUACAAUAACCCAGCAUUUGAUAAAGAUGUUGCCGUUAUGAAGACAGCAGAAACAAUAAAGUUUGAUUCCUGCACUCAACCGAUAAAGCUACCGCCCAAAGGAUUGACUGCACGAGCUGGGACCACAUUAGUAGUAAGUGGGUGGGGACGCACAAAGCAAGGCGCUUCCACGAUUCCCGAACGACUGAUGGCAGUUAACUUAACAGUCGUGGAUCACACGCUCUGCCAACUUGCUUACCAGCCCUUGGAACUAACAGAGAACAUGUUGUGUGCUGGUAACUUUUUCCUGGGAGGGAAGAGUACGUGUCAGGGUGACUCCGGAGGUGUAGGUGCGAUCGAUGGUGUGGCCAGGGCUAUCGUGUCUUUCGGCCGAGGUUGCGGCCAGCCACUGUCGCCCAGCGUUUUCACAGAUAUCUCUGCUCCCAAAAUGAGGGACUUCAUCACAAAAUAUACAGGACUUUCAUUUGUACUUUUAAUAAUAGCAACAAUUGAAAUCAUCGUAUCAGAAAAUGCGCCAGUUAAUGACGCGCCUACCAGCGAUCCAGUCGACGACGACGAUGGCCCCCAGAUUAGGAUAGUCGGCGGUUUCAAAACCACGUGCACAGAGUUCCCCCAUCAAGUUGGCUACAUUGUGAACAAUGCGUAUUUCUGCGGGGGGUUCGUCGUCAGUCAACGUUUCAUCCUAACAGCUGCACAUUGCACACAGAACGUCGACCCAUCAACCGUAGUACUACGGGCUGGAAGCUCUUUUCGUACGAAUGGCACUAUAAUACCUAUUAUAGAAGUGAUUCCGAACCCUGGAUAUGAUAACCCACCAUUGGAUAAAGAUAUAGCGGUAAUGAGGACUGCAGAAGCUAUCCAGUUCAAUUUCUGCAUACGACCUAUUGCGCUACCGCCCAAAGGAUUGGUUGCGAGAGCCGGAGAAAAGUUACUUGUGAGCGGUUGGGGACGUACUGAGCAAGACGCUACUACGCUCCCUGUGCGACUGAUGGCAGUAAACUUAACAGUAGUGGAUCGCAAUUUAUGUCAAUCUACGUAUUCCGAAGAUAUAGAAAUAACAAGAAACAUGUUGUGCGCCGGUAACUUUUUACUGGGAGGAGAAAGCUCUUGUCAGUGCAUCAAUUCACUGUCGAUCGAUUUGGUUAUCAACAUGUGGAAUUUGAUUUUUCUUUGUGGUCUAACAUGUUUGUCGUCUCUGGAUGCAAAAACCAUCGUAUCAGACAAAGCGUCAGUAAAUGGCGCGCCUGCCAGCAAUCCAGUCAACAGCGCACUUGAUAGGUCCCAGACUAGGAUAGUGGGGGGUUACAAUUCCACGUGCACAGAGUUCCCCCAUCAAGUUGGCUACAUUGUGAACAAUUCGUACUUCUGUGGCGGCUUCAUUGUCAGUGAACGAUUCAUCCUAACAGCUGCACAUUGCACGCAAAACGUUGACCCAUCAACCAUAGUAUUAAGGGCUGGAAGCACGUUCCGUACGAAUGGCACUAUAAUACCUAUUACAGAAGUAAUUUCAAACGCUGGAUAUGAUAAUACAACGUUUGAUAAAGACAUAGCUGUAUUGAAGACUACAGAAGCUAUACAGUUUAAUUCAUGCAUACAACCUAUUGCGUUGCCAUCCAAAGGAUUAGUUGCGAGUGCCGGAGAAAUGUUACUUGUGAGUGGAUGGGGACGUACUCAGGAAGACGCUACUACGAUCCCUGUGCAACUGAUGGCAGUCAACUUAACAGUAGUAGACCACACGCUCUGCCAGCUCACAUACUUAGUGGACACAGAAAUAACAAGUAAUAUGUUGUGCGCCGGUAACUUUUUCCUGGGAGGGGAGAGCACUUGUCAGGGCGAUUCCGGAGGUGUUGGAGCGAUUGACGGUGUAGCCAGGGCUAUCGCUUCGUUCGGCCGAGGCUGCGGCCAGCCACUGUCGCCAGCCGUCUUCACAGACAUAUCUGCUUCCGAGAUAAGGGACUUCAUCACACAAUAUACUGGUCUUUAAAUUAAUAUGCGGCAAAUUUAAUUACUGUGAUAAUAAAUAAACAGUA